AGAGGGCGUAUGUCAGCUGGAUCAGCAAGAGAGAGCAGCCAGAGCAGAGCAGGAGAGAGGGAGCCACAGCACAGCACAGUGAGGGAGUGUGUGUGUAUGAGAGAGGGAGCCACAGCACAGCACAGUGAGAGAGUGUGUGUGUGUGUAUGAGCGCGCCUGCCUGCCUUCCUGCUAGCCUGCCUGACUGUGUGAGUGUGUGUGUGUGUGUGUGUGUGAGAGGGAGAGUCAGUAAGCGUGUGGAUACUACUCCACCAGACUGCAUGUCUCUGGCGACACUAGGGGAGCAGCACACACAUUACAGAGGGUCGACAGGAAAUCACAGACUACAAAAAGAAAACCAGCCUCGUCACGGACACCGACUUCACGCUUCCAGACAAACUAAACACCAUCUUUGCCCGCUUUGAGGAUAAUACAGUGCCACCGUCGCAGCCCGCUAACAAGGACUGCGCCCCACCCCCCCUUCUCCGUGGCUGACAGUAGGGCUGAACCAGAGUUCUGACAGAACUGCAGGCCAGGAGGACACCAGGACAGUGUGCGGCGGAGUGAGCAGACAAGACAGACAGACAGACUACACAAGGCCUUGCUCAGAAGCCCUAUCAUGGCGUCCAACAACACAGCAAGCAUCGCCCAGGCCAGGAAGCUGGUAGAGCAGCUGAAGAUGGAGGCCAACAUCGACAGGAUAAAGGUGUCCAAAGCAGCAGCAGACUUAAUGUCAUACUGCGAAGCCCAUGCCAAAGAAGACCCGCUCCUGUCGCCGGUGCCCGCAUCCGAAAACCCUUUUAGGGAGAAGAAGUUCUUCUGUGCCAUCCUGUAAACAGGAUGUGGUUUAUUUGGUCUGCUCAUCUUGGGACAUGAACGAGGACGUUCAAUAUGUAGACAUCUUCUAACAGGAGGGCUUGGUGAAGUACUAGUGCCCCUUUCUCUACAAUGGCACCUAAAAGAGUGCAAUUAAAAACCACAGAGUAACACGUUACCAUUUACAGAGGUUAAGGGGUGUGCAGCAUGUUUGAUGGAUCCAUCUGUGUAGUCAGAUUACAACAGAAGAUAAGUGUGGUUAUCCACCCAAAAACAUGAUGGACAACCAAUCAACCAAGUCUUCAGGUUGUGUAGGGUUUUUAAAAAUGAAGGAAAAAACAACAACAAAAUAUUGUGUGGUUCUUUUGGAACUUGAAAUCCAAGUGUUAUGUUCAAUGGUUUGUGGUGGGCUGGGUAGGGUAGGUGUGCUGGGUAACUGAGCUGCUUACCACGAGAUAUUACCACCUGUGUAUCUGAAUGUUUUUAUUUUUGUUGUUUAUUUCAUGUUGAUUUUGAUUCUGAGGUUCAUUGGUUUGGCUUAUCACUUAGAUAUCUUUCUAUUAUUGUACAGUACCAGUCAAAGGUUUGGACACACCUACUCAUUCAAGGGUUUGUAUUUAUUUUAAUAUUUUCUACAUUGUACAAUAAUAGUGAAGACAUGCAAACUAUGAAAUAACACAAAUGGAAUCAUGUAGUAACCAAAAAAAGGGUUGAACAAAUCUAAAUAUAUUUUAUAUUUGAGACUCUUUAAAGUAGCCACACUUUGCCUUGAUGACAGAUUUGCACAUGCAUGGCAUUCUCUCAACCAGCUUCACCUGGAAUGCUUUUCAAACAGUCUUGAAGGAGUUCCCAAAUAUGCUGAGCUGCUUUUCCUUCCCCAAAGCAAGUCUCUUCUUCUUAUUGGUGUUCUUUAGUAGUGAUUUCUUUGCAGCAAUUCGACCAUGAAGGCCUGAUUCACGUAGUCUCCUCUGAACAGUUGAUGUUGAGAUGUGUCUGUUACUUAAACUCUGUGAAGCAUGUAUUAGGGUUCCAAUUUCUGAGGCUGGUAACUCUAAUGAACUUAUCCUCUGCAGCAGAGGUAACUCUGGGUCUUCCUUUCCUGUGGCGGUCCUCAUGGGAGCCAGUUUCAUCAUAGCGCUUGAUGGUUUUUGUGACUGCACUUGAAGAAACUUUCAAAGUUCUUAAAAUGUCCCGGAUUGACUGACCUUCAUGUCUUAAAGUAAUGAUGGACUGUCAUUUCUUUUUGCUCAUUUGAGCUGUUCUUGCCAUAAUAUGGACUUGGUCAUUUACCAAAUAGGGCUACCCCCCUACCUUGUUAUAACACAACUGAUUGGCUCAAACUCUUUAAGAAGGAAAGAAAUUCCACAAAUGAACUUUUAACAAGGCACACCUGCCAAUUGAAAUGCAUUCCAGGUGACUACCUCAUGAUGCUGGUUGAGAGAAUGCCAAGAGUGUGCAAAGCUGUCAUCAAGGCAAAGUGUGGCUACUAUGAAGAAUCUCAAAUAUAAAAUAUAUUUUGAUUUGUUUAACCCUUUUAUGUUACCACGUGAUUCCAUAUGUGUUAUUUCAUAGUUUAGAUGUCUUCACUAUUAUUUUACAAUGUAGAAAAUAGUCAAAAUAAAGAAAAACUAGAAUGAGUAUGUGUCCAAACUUUUGACUGGUACUGUAUGUGAUUACUGAAACGGCUGUUUAAACUUUUCUUUUUUUUACAUCCGAGUUGGUGAAAGCUUUUUAAUGGAAAGUUUGAACAUUUAUUUCAGUGAUAUUCUUUACAGACAUGUUUCUUUAAACCUCUGAGAAUAGUUUUUUCUUCAGUAUCUAAACAUAUAUCUGGCAAUGUGAUACGGUAUUUGUUUCCUUCAGAUACAAGCUCUCUUUUUACUAUUUGUAUAAAAAUGCUAGCAAGUAAACUGUGUUGUGCUGUGCGUUCUGAAUGUUUGUGUUGAUAUCAUUAAUAAUUGCAUGAAAUUAUCAAACAACAAUUUUUUCUUUUGUUUUAAUGUAGAGAUUGUAUGAACAAGGCAGCCUCUGUCUGGUAGUGCCAACUGUAUUAAAAUGAUAAUAAUGAUUCAACAUGGACUCCAUAAAGACAUCUCUGUCAUGGGAAAAACUAAAGUGACGUAACUGAGCUGCAAGCCGAUGAUGAAUUUCACAAUUGCUUAACAUUAGAUUAAGGUUUACCUCUAAUGUUAGGCUUAGGGUUAAAGUUAGGGUUAGAUUACAUUUUUUAGUUUAAAAUAGGGUCAGUUUUAGGUUUUGACUAGUUGGGCAGUUAAUGGGAUGCUGGUCAGAAAUGUCCCUUAAAUUUAGUAUUUUGGGGGUUUGGGUCAGGGUUAGUGUUUUGGGUGGUGGGAUAUGUACAGCACUUUGAACAUGAAGCUAUUAGUUGAAGUAUUAGACAGCGAUGACCAUUUCCAUUCACAUGCCCCAAGAUCGUGAGGGCUAUUCAUGAAACCAUAUCAAAUGUAUCAAUCACCCUUUCGAGUAGAUAUCCAGUAGAUAAUCCCAUACUGUGCAGAAUCUAUAAUAGGUGAUUGAUAAUUGCUGAACCAUAGUUUUAGUUGAAUAAUUGUUCCCUUCAUCACAAAACAAAAGGUAGGCUGACACAUAUUAUGGGGUACAUUCAGAUUUAUAAUCUUGCCAAUUGUCCAUAUGCCUAAAUAAAUGAAUGAAGUUGCA